UGCGGGGACUGCUCGGGUUCCUCGGGGGCGCCGCACCGAUGCAGGAGCCUGCCCGUCAGGCGUUGACUGCACGCGCGGGGUGCGAACGAGCGGCCUUAACGCGCCUCUCCCAACUUUUAAGGCAGCGCCUGAUGAGACAUGGGAGCCUGGCUGAAAGUCACCCUUCCUGUUGUUGACAUCACCUGACAACUCGACUGAAAAUACUUCCCACCAGUUCAUUGCGAGCAUCGGCUUCCCCCGAGGACCUAACGCCUUGUCCAGAAGAUGGCAUAGUAAUGAAGUCACCUUCCUGGGAGCUGGGGUCCUUUUUCGUCUCCGCAUGUGCUGCUUGAACUGAUCUGAAACCUUUAUUUUUGGACUGAAGAAACCUGUCCACUGCUUACCCUGAAAACCUUUCUCUCCUAAUUCAUGAGCCAGCAGGAUGUGGUCGCUGUGCUUUCAGAACGCCUUCUCAUAGCUGCAUACAAAGGCCAAGUGGAUAAUGUGGUGCAGCUUAUCAACAAGGGUGCCAAGGUAGCAGUUACCAAGCAUGGCCGAACCCCUCUGCAUCUCGCUGCCCACAAGGGUCAUCUCCAUGUUGUCCAGAUUUUGUUAAAAGCAGGCUGUGACCUGGAUAUUCAGGAUGAUGGUGAUCAGACAGCCUUGCACCGGGCUGCUGUCGUGGGGAACACCGAUGUCAUAGCAACUCUCAUUCAAGAGGGGUGUGCUUUGGACAGACAAGACAAGGAUGGGAACACUGCUCUUCAUGAAGCUUGUUGGCAUGGAUUCAGUCAGUCUGCCAAACUGCUUGUUAAAGCAGGAGCUAAUGUUCUCGCCAGGAACCAGGCAGGUAACACACCUCUUCACCUUGCUUGCCAGAAUAGCCAUUCCCAGAGUACUCGCGUUUUACUACUUGGAGGAUCUCGGGCAGACCUCAAAAAUAAUGAUUAUUUCAUCCGGACCACCAUGACAAGUGCAAGCUUUCUUACUGCAAUUACAUGCUUAGAGCUUUGUUUCUGUUUGCAGGCAGGAGAUACCUGUCUGCAUGUGGCUGCUCGUUAUAAUCACUUGCCCAUCGUUAGGGUGCUGCUCAGUGCUUUCUGUUCAGUCCAUGAAAAGAACCAGGCAGGAGAUACUGCGCUCCAUGUAGCUGCUGCUCUAAAUCAUAAAAAGGUGGUUAAGCUGUUGCUGGAGGCAGGAGCUGAUAUAUCAGUUGUCAACAAUGCAGGUCAGACCCCUCUAGAGGUUGCCAAGCAGCACAAUAACCCUGAGGUUGCGCUUCUCCUCACUAAGGCAUCACAGGUCUCACGUUUUAAUCGUGGAAGAAGUCUGAGAAAGAGGAGAGAGAGACUGAAGGAGGAAAGGCGGGCUCAGUCCGUACCACGAGAUGAAGUGGUUCAGAGCAAGGGCAGUGUCUCAGCAGCUGAUGACACUCAGAGCAGCGACCAGCCACCCCAGAGGAAAAGCGAGCGGAAAGAUGAACCCCGGUCAACUUCACCAGAUCCCAAAGGGAAGAAAGGCAAAAAGAAAAAGCCAAAAGAAAAGGUUUCGGCACUCUCAGACCCCAUUUCCCCAGCUGAUCAGCAGACGCUCCCUCAGCCCCAGCAAAGCUUGCCUAAACGCAGAAGUAAGCAUCGCUGCUCCUCGCCGCCGCCGCCCCACGAGGUCCGAGCCUACCAGCUGUACACGCUGUAUCGGGGAAAGGAUGGGAAAGUAAUGCAGGCACCAAUAAAUGGAUGUCGCUGUGAGCCUCUGAUAAAUAAACUGGAGAAUCAGCUGGAGGCAACUGUGGAAGAGAUAAAAGCUGAGUUUGGGACAGUACAAGAUAAGAUGAAUGUUAAGCUGGGCCAAAUGGAAAGCAAGACUCAACAUCAACUCCGUGUUUUAGAUAAGCUUAUGGCUGAGCGGCUGUCUGCAGAGAGAACAGAGUGCCUUCAUCGCCUUCAGCAGCACACUGAGCUAGAAAAGAAUGAGGGGGAGAAACGGCAGAUUUCCCUGGUCGAUGAGCUGAAGACUUGGUGCAUGUUAAAGAUUCAGAAUCUGGAGCUCAAGCUUUCUGGUGAUUCCAGGUCAUCGAGACCAAAAUCAACGUUGUCCACUUGUGAGUCUCUCACAGAGACCCUAGACACAGAGAACAACGCUCACAGCACCAAGGACUGCAAAACCCAGCAGGCCACGCUGCAGGCAGAGGGCUCCCACCAGCAUUCGUAUACCACGCUUCCAAACAGCGUCUCAGAAGAUGGGGCAAGGAGUGGAGCCCAGAUGCCAGAACAGAGCUUUGGACAGCAUUUUUGCAUCCAACAGGAUAGUGCAUCAGGUGCAGAGCAACAGUUAAUUGCUGCUGGACCAGCCUCUUCUUCGGCCCCUGGCCAAGAUGUCAGGCCAAAGGACAAAGCUGCUAGUGCCAGCACUUUCCACAGGUUUCAGCAGGAAUUGCCUUCCUCCGAGCUUUUGGGGUCCAAAUUAAGACACGUUAAGGUUCAGCCUGCUUUGCAGCCCUUGACUGAACCAGCAAAGACCGAACCACAGAGCGGCUACUUCAUCAACAAAGGAACCCAGACAAAGAAACCCAGCAAAAGCGGGCAGUUACGGCACAAAGCUCUGCACCACGCAGGGGCCCAUCAGAGCCAGCAGCAGCAGCAGCCGCCCUCGGCUGUGCCUGCAGGGCAGCAGCCUGCCCCUCCGCUCAGAGGCACUUCCCAGGCACUGGAGAUAACACAGUACUUUUUUGAGGCUGUUUCCACUCAGAUGGAGAAGUGGUAUGAGCGGAAGAUUGAAGAAGCCCGGUGCCAAGCUAAUCAGAAAGCACAGCAAGACAAAGCUGCGCUUAAAGAACAUAUUAAAAGUUUAGAAGAGGAGCUCAGUAAGUUAAGGACUAAGCUGCAGAAGGAGAGCUAGCAUCCACAAACAAGGUAAAGACAAGCAGCAGGGCUCAUUUUGGAAUCUACUGUAUAUGACUCUAGAAUACGGAUAAAUACAUAUGUAGUGCCUGUUACAUACAAACAAAAAGAACACUUUUUUCAGGACUAAAAGUAACUUCAGAAACUCCAGAACCAAGAAAGAGAAAUACACACACUCUUUGUAUUGAUGACAAUGAUAUGCUGCAAACUAGAUCCUUUCUUUGUUAUUUCCAGGAGUCCAUUAAUUAUUGCACUCACAAUUUCCAGGUGCUGCUUGAAAACAAACUGCAUUAUAAACCAAAACUGCUUUCUGAAAAAGGGAGUUUUCUUAUAUCUGCAUAGGUCAUAUGUGGCUAGAGGGUUCCACUGUAUGUUAAAUGUUAACAUGUGAUGAUACUGAAAUAAGUCUGGGAUUUUGGAGACCUUUUGACAGAAAUUCCUCAAUGAUAAAGGGCUAGUGAUACCAUUUUAAAUACUCCCCAUAGCCUCUCAUAGUCAAUGCGGAGAAGCCACAGAAACCAGCAGCCUAACAUAGGUGAAACACGGCCAGGCUCCCACCUACCUGAGGGAGAUGCUAAGGUGAGUCAUCCUACUGGGUAUAGAGACUUCUGCUGCCGCUUUACUUUUUGCAUUGGGUUUAUAUUACUAAAAUAAUUGCUACAUUAAACUUAUUUUUAAUGGUUUCCUAGUUGCACAACUCAUUGCACUUGCACAGUUGUUGGGGCUAUAUUCAAGUAAUCUGACAGAAAAGUUUCUUUUAGGGCGUGGAUGACAAAUACUUUACUAAAUCCAUGUUAUACUGGUUGUCAUGUAUAAUUUUUAUAUAAAUCUCUCUUCCUUCAAACAGCAAAUAGCUAAAUUCUCCACUGGUCCUGAAGGAGCAUGAGAAAGUCCUACAUCUAAAAAAAGUGAAAGCUUGGUUUCCUGUACUCACGUUUGUUUUUCUCUAGGGUCGGAGUUCUCCCCCAGACAUCCUGUCCAGACUAUCUUCCUUAGCUCUUCUGAACAAUUCCUCUCUGUUUCUUCCCUUGUAUCUGUAAGAAGAGCAAUCAAGCUCUUGCAAGCCUGCAAGACUUAAGACUGAUUUCACAAAUAUUUCCACAAAAUAGAACUCGACAACAUUUUUAAAAUGUUUCAGACGUGUCUUGCUAUAAAAUUAAAACUUGCAAUAAUCAAUGUCUGCAAGGCUGACAGGGUCCCAAAUUGCAGCUCACGGAGCAUCAUUUUCAAUUCUGUGCUGCAAAACAGUAACACCUAAAUUCCUCAGCCACAUUUGGGCCCCAGUGUACUAACGCUGCAUAAACUACAGGCAGCAUCCCUUUCAGGUUUCCUCUGUAUACCUCUGAGAAGGCUCCAUGAGAUCCUAGUAAUACAAGUAACGUUACUUAACAGAUAAUGAUAAAAGAGCUGUUCAAAACAAUUCAAAGACAAAAUGGUACAGUUAUGCCUAGGAGAAGGACAAGUUUUUUCUGUACUGUGGAACCCUAAACAGAAGACAACACACUUAACAGUACUGAAGACACCAUUAACUGAUUAGUAAUUAAGCUUUUGUCGUCUUAGCAGAUGUAUAAAGCAAAUAAAAUUGUAUUAUAUUACAAUAUUUUUUUUUAAAUUGCCAUUAAUGCACUAUCAAGACAAAUACAGUAUAUCUGCAGUCAUGGAAACACUAGUUUUGUUGCUCUGACUUCUGUAGUCAAAUAUAGACACUUUUAUAUGUUUACAAUUUUGUUUAAGCUACUGUAGGAAUGCAGCAGCAUGCUAUUUAAUUUUUGUAUCAUCGUGAUAAAGUGAAUGUUUUGCCAAGUAAACCAAGUGUUGUUCAGAA